ACCAAUUUUUUCUUCCAAUUAUUUAUAUUUCACUAUCUUGCCUCUGCAUAUUCCACAAACCCAUUUACAGUUGCACUACACAAAAAUGAGGCCACUUCAUCACUCAUCACCACCCCAAGGUUCCAUUGCUCCAUUUGCCGCACUUCCACCGGAAAACAUCUUACAUUCGAUCUAUUAUGGAAAUGGAAGUAUCCCCAAAUCGGAUCCAUUGCCGAUCAUUUUAAGUGUACUUGCAGGAGGGUUUAUUAUUCUAAUAGUAGUUGGGAUAAUUCUUUGGAAGUGUCUAACAUUAACACCACCACCAUCAGCCGCCGUUAACCAGGCCGUAUUAGGAGUGCCGGUGCCCAUACCGAUGGAAACGUGGGUAUCUUCAAGAGUUGAGGGUAACAACGAAACAACCGGCUAGGUCUUAUUUUAGAUUAAAGUUUAAUUAGUGAUAGCAGUCACAUAACUUUGUUGGCUUUGUAUUUCUUAUGAAUGAAUUUGCGUUAAAAAGACUAUGUGAUUAUGAGUA